AUGACGGUAAAUCUGACAGAAAUGGUUACUAUGGCGACGCCGGAGUUCAAUACAACAAUUUCUACAAGCACGGACUUAGCCAGCUCUCCAAUGACCGUGGAAGUGUUCGCGGUGGUUCUAAUGGCGAUCCUAAUUGUUUUCACAUUCCAGGGAAAUCUGUGGAUUAUAAUAACGAUCAUGGCCACUGACCGGUUGAGGUCAUCGCUGGCCAAUAUUUUGGUUAUAAAUGUGUGCACCAUUGACCUACUGGCCUCGAUUGUAGUCCUGCCCUUAUCUGCACUGACCUUUCUCAGAGGGCUGGACACUCUAGCCAAGCAGACGUGUACCGUCACCGGAUUCUUCAACACGUUGGUGAUGGUUUCCUCAAUGCUGUCCUUGUGUGCGGUGUCGAUGGAGAGGUUUUACUCCAUCUCUCUUCCCAUGCACUACGCUGGACAUGCUACGCCCUGCAUCUACCUGAUGGUGGUCAUCUUCAUUUGGUGCUCAAGUCUUGUUCUAUCCGUGCUGCCUUUGACAGGUUUCGGUGCUUACAGUUACCAGCCAGCAAAGAGAACUUGCACCUAUACCUCACAGGAACAUUCCAGCCCAGGCAGCACGUUCGUCAUCCUUAUAUUUGUCACGUCCUUCAUAAUUCCUUCACUGAUCAUGGUCGUCAUGUAUGUCAGUGUCUUCCGUGUUGCCAGAAAGGCUGCAGCCACGGUCAGACCCCAGUCUAAACCUGACAAUGGAAUCAAAACUGAAUGUACUGCCACCAGACAACCCAUAUAUAGUAUCUCAAUCCAUUCUGCUCAGAGAAGCACCAAGACAAAUCCUUCCCCGCGAGACAUACAGCGGGUCUUCACAUUAAACGAUUCUGAAUAUUCAAAGAAUAUAUAUUGUAAUGAAAAUUGCACAUAUACAGAAGGCUAUAGCUCUCACCCAGCAGAGAUCACAAACAACGAGUCAUCACUUCAGCUGCCACCACAGGACAAGUACGACAACAAGCAAGGCCAAACUUGCCAGGCAAAGAUCUGGUCACAUGAACACGUACACCAAGGUAAAGUUCGCUGUCAAUUUCUGUGUGUCUGCUGCAGGAAGCAGCGCUCAAUCAUCUCAGUGCCUCACGUCCGGUCUCCAGACUCACAGCUCAUCCCGACUGUACAUCAAACAGAAGCAGUCGCAGAGAUCGGCGCCAAGGAUAACUCCCAUGGCGUUUCUUUUGCCAUGAGAAAGGUGAAGGCUAGCCACGUCAAAGCUCUGAGAACGCUGAUGAUAAUUGUGGUCAGCCAUCUCAUUGUAUGGGUUCCUUAUUUCGCGUGUCAGAUUUACGAACUAGCAUCUGGGCAGAUGGUGCCACAAGUCACAGGUAUCAUCGUUACGUGGCUGAGUUUCACCAGUUACACAGCAAACCCGUGUCUAUAUGGUCUAAUGAACAGAACGAUCAGGGAAGAAUUAGGGCAGCUCCUGAAGACCACCUGUGUCUGGGGUUGCUGCUGCAGCUGUUCUAACGGGGUCGUCACUUGGAGACGCCCAUGCCGUUAUCCUCCUGCAGACGAGGAAUCUGGGUCUGGGGAGGGUGAAAACUUCUACCAGUUCUUACAGAGAACCCAGGCAAGUGACUCCACGCCACCUGUCAACAUAGACGCAGAAAGAAACAGAUGA